CUUUACGUGGUCGUCAGGUCGUAAGCUUUGUAGCAUCUGUAGAUGGUACGGUGUGAAUCGCAAUCGUUCACUUCCUGCUCUGCUAGUGGACUGUCGCGGAGAACGCGUGAGACUGUGUCUAACUGCGUCCUCCAUUUCGUCAGGAACUCGUGGUCUUCCGGUACUUUUACGUUUAGUAAUGGUACCUGUCUUCUUGAAUUGUCGAUACCAUCGUAGAAUGCUCUGAUGACCUGGAGAAUCAGUUCCAUACCGCCGUCAGAAUGCACG